AUGUCCAGGGACACGGCGACGUCGACAUCCAAGCGUGGUUUGGAACGCAGCAAUCAUGUCGACGAACCGACUGAAGGCCAGGUCAUUAACACACAACGGAUGCAUGAUGAGCCAUUCACCAUCUGGACUGCCAUGGGUCUUGGGCAUUCUAUAACGAACACAGCUGUCGGAAUGAUAGUUGGGCUUGGCAAUGCCCUACCUUUUGGUGGCCCCCCGGUCUUGUUCUGGGGCUUCCUGGCAAUGGCAUUUUCGGGGCUCUGCAUUGCCGUUAGCCUCGGCGAGCUGGCCUCUGCCUUCCCCCAUUCUGGAGGGCAAUACUACUGGGUCGGAAAACUCGGGCCUCCCUCAUGCCGUCGAUUCUUGUCAUUCAUGAUUGGCAUCGUCAGCUGGGCCAGCGGUCUCUGCGUCACAGCUUCAGUCAACCUCGUUGUGACCCAGAUCAUCCUUUCUAUGAUCUCCAUGACCCAUCCGUCGUUUGAGCCUGAACCCUGGGUGACCUUCGUCGGCUACCAGAUCAUUAACCUGGUGGCAUUUGGAUUCAACUUCUUCGAGCAUAGCCUGCCAUGGGUCAGCCGGUCUCUACUCAUUUUCACGCCCGCCAUGCUGUUCGCUGUCUUUGUCUCCUGCCUGGCGGGAGAUUCACACAAGCAGGGAGCUCAUAUGGUCCUCCUCAACAUUUCCAACAUCUCCGGCUGGCCGAACGGCAUCGCUUUUCUGAUCGGCUUAAACCCGAGCGCAUGGUCAUUUUCCUGCCUUGAUGCCAUCACCCAUCUUGCCGAUGAGAUUCCCCAACCGCGCAAGAAUAUCCCCAAGGCCCUUUUGUGCACUGUGGCAUUGGGCUUCUGUACCGGGUUACCUAUUAUCCUUGCGUUUGCCUUCUCGGUCCAGGACCUCGAUGCCGCCCUUUCAGCAACCGUUCCCUCGCUAGAGAUCUUCCGCCAGAUUUACAACAGCAAGGCAGCUGCUAUCGCCCUGCAGUCGUUCGUUACCGCCUCGGCCUUUGGGGCCGUAAUUGGUUGCCAUACUUGGCAGUCUCGAAUGGCCUGGUCUUUCAGCCGAGACCGCGGGUUUCCCUUUCACAGCUAUAUCAGUCGCAUCGCAAGGGCCCCUUACGACGCACCCAUUUGGGCCCACCUGUGGUCCAAUCUCUGGGUCGUCAUCUUGGGCUGUCUCUACCUGGCCUCGAAACUAGCUUUUAACUCACUCGUGGCGGGUGGUAUCCUAUUCCAGUACAUUUCCUAUUCAGCCAGUAUUCUAUGUCUGCUCUAUUCUGGACGAUCCAAGGUGACACCGGGCCCUUUCUGGUUUCCUGUCCUUGGAUACUUCACCAAUUUCUUCACUCUGGCCUGGUCCUUAGCCGCCCUCGUGUUUUUCUGUUUUCCUUAUUAUAUCCCGGCCGUCGCUGAUGAGAUGAACUAUGUAUCUGCAGUUCUGGGGGUUGUCGGCGUAUAUGCUCUGGUCUUUUGGUUUGCGCACGGAAGAAACGCUUUCAAACUAGCUGAUCCUGAGAUGUACGAUUGA